AUGGAUCCAGUUGGCUGGACCAAGCUCCAAUGUCCAUGGCGCCACCUUCUCCUCGGGCUGCUGUUUCAGCUGGUUUUGGCUCUUUGCUUCUUCUCCUACCUGCACAUAUAUCAAGACAAGCCUACAGGUUUUUCUGAGGCAGGGCCCUGCACCAAGGAAGCAGUCAAGGCAACCCCCAAUGGGUUGGCAGGGCCCCCUGCCCACCCACCCCUGGUCAUCCUGCUGUGGACGUGGCCAUUCAACAACCCCGUGGCUCUGUCCUCCUGCUCGGAGAUGCGGCCGGGCACGGAGGACUGCCUGCUCACCACUAACCGCAGAGUGUACAACCAGGCGGACGCGGUCAUAGUGCACCAUCGGGAGGUCAGUCGCCAGCCGCAGUCUCUGCUCCCCCCGUCCCCGCGGCCCCCGGGCCAGCAGUGGCUCUGGUUCAGCAUGGAGUCACCCAGCCACUGCAGCCAUCUGAAGGCUUUGGAUGGCUACUUCAACCUGACCAUGAGCUACCGCCGGGACUCAGACAUCUUCACGCCCUAUGGCUGGCUCGAGCCCUGGCCCGGCCAGCCCACCGAUGUGCUGACCCACCUCGGCAACAAGACGAAGCUGGUGGCCUGGGUGGUGUCGAACUGGGGGUCCAGUUCGGCCAGGGUGCAAUAUUACACGGUGCUGCAGCAAUACCUCCAAGUGGACGUGUACGGGCGCUCCCACAGGCCGCUGCCCCAGCAGGCUAUGAUGGAGACGCUGGCCCAGUACAAGUUUUACCUGGCCUUCGAGAACUCUCUGCACCCCGAUUAUAUCACGGAGAAGCUGUGGCGCAAUGCCCUGCAGGCCUGGGCCGUGCCUGUCGUCUUGGGUCCCAGCAGAAGCAGCUACGAGCGCUUCCUGCCACCCGAAGCCUUCAUCCACGUCGAGGACUUCCAGGGUCCCCAGGCCUUGGCCCAGUACCUGCAGGCACUGGACAAGGACCAGGCCGCCUACCUGCGGUACUUUCGCUGGCGGGAGACGCUGCGGCCUCGCUUCUUCUCCUGGGCCCAUGCUUUCUGCAAGGCCUGCUGGCGGCUGCAAGAAGAACCCAGCUACCAGGCGGUCCCCAGCAUCGCCGCCUGGUUCACCUGA